AUGUUUGGAGCGAGCUUUUUAUUUGUGGCCCUUUGUGCAGCAGCUUGCCUGGAUGCUAGUGAAGCGGCUAGAUUACGUUUUCCGGGACCUGUUCUACAGCGACAAGAGGCGGCUCCUUAUCCACCAGCCGGUUUGACGCCUGAUCCACCAUUUGAACUGCCGACGGAGCAGCCUGCUGACUUUCCUCAACCAGAUUUGACCUAUGGACCACCGGAGGAACAGCCGGAACUUGUUUAUGGACCGCCUGAGGAACAGCCGGAGCUUGUUUACGGACCACCCGACGAUGUCUAUGGGCCACCUGAUGAGACCUACGGCCCACCAGCAGUUGAAGAGAUUCCAGAUGAGACCUAUGGUCCGCCGGAGCUGCCCACGAAUGUAGACGCCAAUGGUUCAGGACAGAGUGCAGCAACCAUAAGCCUGGCUAGCUUACGUCCACAGCUACAAUUUGUAUUGCCUCUGGUGCAACGUUUUACCGCCUUCCGUCAGAUGCUUCGUCCCGUGCAGUCUAACCGACGACCCUCUAAGUUGACUGCUCGGCCACAGAGAAGACCUGCAAAGAUUAUCAAUAGAGUUAAUGCUGCAUUCCCAGCGACUCAAUUGACUCUGCCAUUUGUGGAGCGCCGCAUCCCCUUCAGGCCUGCGCGUCUAAUUGUUAACGCCCCAUUGAAGCGAAAGCCUGCCAAGAUUACUGUUAAUUCACCUAAAGCACCUCUCGCCCAGUUGACGCCCGCCAUACGCAGGCCAAUAUUUUCUGGCGGUCGCAUUAUUGCCUAUUCUGACCAAGUGCAGAACUGGUAA